AUGUCAUUUCCAGAUGUACUCCAACGAGGAAAUGAUUUUCUCAGUGAAUAUCCAAGAGACCUGUCUUUUUGGAAUCCUUUGAGUAAACUCACCUGUCUUGCAGUCAUCGGUGCUUCUAAGGCAUUUGUAUAUUCUGCCUACAAACCAAAGAUCUUUGGACUUGAAAAACUUGAUGAUGCCUUAGCGAAAUCGAAGAAUGAAAAUCGAGGUCUACUUACAAUCAUGAACCAUAUGAGUGUGGUUGAUGAUCCUUUUCUAUGGGGGAUUUUACCAUUUAGAUACUACAGGGAUGUUGAUGCUAUUAGAUGGGGGCUCGGGGCCUCCAAUGUAUGUUUUACCAACAAUGCCUUGAAAUAUUUCUUUAGUUUGGGCAAAGUUCUUGCAACUGAAAGAUUCGGGCGUGGUCCGUUCCAAGGAUCUAUUGAUGCUGCAAUUAGAAUCCUCUCCCCUGACGAUACCUUGGAUUUAGAGUAUUAUCCAACCUGUGUACAAGCGAAUAUCAAAAAAUCAUCAAUUCAGCGACUCGCCAAACCAGAAUUCAUCAGUGACAAAAUUAAGCCGUCAUCCACGGUUAUUGAAAAACUCAAACAAUCAUCGCCCAUUCAAAGAUCUCGUCCAAGCUGGUUCCACAUCUUCCCUGAAGGAUUUGUCCUUCAGCUUGAAUCACCACAUUCAAAUUCCAUGCGUUACUUCCACUGGGGGGUCUCUCGUCUUGUUUUAGAAAGUACAAAAUCGCCAAUUAUAUUGCCAAUUUUCUCCACAGGGUUUGAGAAGAUUGCUCCUGAGUCGGCAGCGGAAUCUCCACUUGAAAGAUUCUUGCCUCGCAACUUCCGUCAUGAAAUCAAUGUGAUUUUCGGCGACCCAAUCAAUGAUGCCAUCAUUGAUGGGUUCCGUGCCGAAUGGCGUAAAUUGGUGGAUAAGCACUAUGACCCAGCAAAUCCUUUUGAUUUGAGUGAGAAAUUGAAGUUUAGUAAGGAAGCCGAAGAGCUAAGAAGCAGAAUCGCUGCGACUCUUAGAGAAGCAGUGGCUGAAAUCAGACACAAUGCAGGAAAUUUCCCAGUCGAAGACGAUAGAUUUAAAAGCCCUGCAUUUUGGAAGCGUUUCACCCUCAGUGAAGGUGAAAGUGAUCCUGAUAUUAAAUUCAUUGGUAAGAACUGGGCAAUCAGAAGAUUACAGAAGUUUUUGCAAGACGAUUUUGAUAAACAAGUGGAGGUUGCCAGAAAGGAAGAAGAAGAAAAGAAGCACUGA